GAUGUCUUUGUUUGCGGAUCAAUCGUCUGUGGAUACUCCGAAGUAAAGGCGGACAAAUUGAAAUGCCUGUUUCUACUGCGGCGUUUUUUAAAAUUCAUUUACGUACCAGAUAAUUGUAAUUACUUAGAAAAAUUAAAAAACUUUAAUAAAGACUUGUAGAUAAGAUGAACAAUGUGGAGCGCAAGUUCUAAGGAAUCAAACGGUGAAACGAAAAAUAUUCCAGCUUUAAUGAAUUUCAACAUCUAUGAUAUAUUAAAGCCAAUUAAAGUUGAAACGGUUGAUAGAAAUAACGUUAAAAUUUCCACGCUAAUUGAUAUAACACCGGAUGAAAAUAAAAACGAAACAGACUUUGACUUAAACGGUUCAUAUUUGGACAAAGUUAAAAAAACAGAGUUUACAUUGGUCGAUUUAUUCGAGAACUUGUUUGUCAGCCCUCAGCAUGUCGUGAAAAAUGAUAGCAAAGAUGAUUCCAUUGAUCUUCUGGAUACUCCAGUGACUGAUGUUAGAUUUGAAACAGGAGCUCCAGGUGUUACGGACGAAAUCGAAGAUACAGUUCAAUAUAAUAAAGCUAGAACGUUCGAUGAGAUUUUCGACAGCGCAGUUUCGUUGCGAUAUCCGAAGCUAGAGCCUGUGGGUGAGAUAAAAAUAUCUGAAGAUGCAUUUGAUGCUGUAGAUAUAAAAACAUUGAACAUUGAAUAUCAGAAGCCAAUUGACAAAGCCAGCGGUGCAAAUGAAAGAGCAACGACAAACGCAAUACUUGGAAAGGAAAACAUUUCAAAGAUAGAAACCUAUGACGUUAAUUAUAAACAUUUAACUUCAUUAUACGAACCCACUAAUACUAAACAAAUACCAAUAGAAGACAAUAAUUUUGACUUUUACAAAGAUCAUAUAUAUAAUAAUAUAUCACAAAUGAAGUUACAGAGUUUACAAAAUCCAAACGAACAAAAACGUAAUGUUUUCCAAGCUGACUCAGUAACGAGAUACAGAAAAGAUAUUAAAUCGCUUUUAAUCGAUCAAAAUAAACCCCCAAUUAUUCCAAAUUCAAAUGGAGCUGCUAUACCUAUCUUGCAAACGAUAAAAAAAGAUAACAAAGUAUUCAAUAAGCGGCGUGUAGUUGUCAAAGAUAGCGCGAAAGCUGGAUUCACAAAAGGGCCGAAUAUUUACGAGAAGUCAAUCGUGUUACCACAGAUUGUAAAACGUUUGGGUGAAAGGAAAAGAAUACUGGACGAAAAGAAAAAUAUAAAAAGGAAAUUGAUAUUAGAUAAAUGUAAUUUGCAAAUGGAUAACUGUUCUGGAAUCGAUAAUUCUAGAACAAGAAAUAAUAUUAAAGUCGAUUUACCAGUUUUGCAACCGGAAGUAUUGAUGAAGGAUUGUAAUAGAGAGAGGUUAAGGGCGUUGAAAAUUAGAAGGGCAUUUCAGGAAUUCAAUUCUAAAGGAGAAUUAUAAAUAUGUUUUUAACUAAGAUGUAUUUACGCACGGUGUCAUUUAAUUAUUCAGGAUUGGAUGAACACAAUUGAGUUACAGAUUUUUUCGAUAUAUCAUUGAUCAAAGGCAUAAAACAAAAGCUUUUUUUUAAGAUAAUAUAAAGUUGGUAUGAUUUUAAGCUUUCUUUCUAAACAAAGCUUAGAUUUAUACAUUCCAUGCGAUUUGCUAAUAUCUCUGCUAUGUUAUACACUGCAAACAGUUCUCAAUUAAUAUAUCUCUAUAUAUAACACAACACUAUUACACUCAACUACACUUUAAUUUUACUUCCAAAGUUCUGAUAAUUUCGCCGAUAUUUAAAACGCUAUUUAUUUCGCGAAUAGUGAAUACCACAGAUUAUUCAAGAUCUCGACCAAUUGUAUCGGCUCAAUUCAAUGUUUGUUUAUUUGGGUUUACUCUAGUGGUUGGAAUAUGUUAUACUUAUAAAAUAUAGAAAGAACGAGUAUUAAUACAUCCUAUAAGAGAUACUAGUGUAAACCAUACCCUUAUAUUGUCUAUGCGUCAACAUCGUGAUCUUUAAUUGUAAUAAUAAUAUCCUCCAGACCGAUUUCGGCGACGGCGGCCAAUCUCAAAAGAGAUUAGCCAACUGCGCAGGAGAUAUUAUAGU